UUGCUAAGCAAUAACGUUUCAGCCACACAUCGAUUUUAUAUUUCCUUUGAGAACAGUUUGUGCAACGAGUAUAUAACGGAAAAACUCUACAGUAGGAUCUCUCAGUUGCUCGUUCCUGUCGUGAUGAAAAGACAAAUCUACGAAGGCACUGACAUCCCGUCCAACUCAUUCAUUGCUCUUGACGAUUUCAACAGUACCAAGGAAUUGGGCGAUUAUUUAAAUUUCCUGCGCAGGAACAACACUGCGUAUCUGAAAUACUUUGAAUGGACCAAGGACUACCGUAUUCCAUCUACCUAUAGAAGUGAUGCAUUAUGCAGGCUCUGCAGAGAUAUCUACCAUGAGGAACAUCUCGAGAUUGAAGAUAUCGUUAAGUAUUACGUCCACAAUCAGUGCUCAGAUGGUAACUAA